AUGUAUGAUUUCUACUACACCAAACUCCUGAACGACCCUUCCAAGUUUGAGCCUCGGACAGGUAACAGAUGGGUUGAGGUGUGGGAGCCCGAUGUUAGCCACCGAUUCAAGGUUGCCAUCGGCCCAUCAAUUGACUUGUCACAGGCUGGCGACGAGCUGGUGCUACUUGAUCGCGAAAUCGCCGAGUCCGACAUUGCAGACCAGACCCGCUACCAGGCCUCUUUACUAGCAGGUAGGCCGCUCGACAACAGCCUCACUAAUGGCCGACUCCGACUUCGACUUUUGAUUGGGAGCCCAGAGCAGCACAAAAGCGACGCACAGAUCCUAGCUCUGCCAAUAUCUCGAAACACCUUCGAGACAAUCAGAAUCAACUGGUGUUUGCCCACGGAACUGCUGCGCAUGAUGCUGAGCACGCUACCGAUAGCCACGGAAUUUCGAACCAAGAACUCUGCAGGACAAGCAAUUACAGGGCUUAUGGUGCGGAGUGCAAGAUCGAGAGACUGGAACUUUUGCCUUGGGCUCGUCUACAACGAGGAGACACAGGUCAUCUCGGGUAUCGUGAACGGCAUGCAAGCCGGUGAGACCGCUUUGAUGCUCAAAUGUCUUCGAGAGUCUACAAAGUAUCUGCAAGACCCGAUGCUUCUACCAGUGUUCCUGCUAGAACUCAAGGUGCACUAUUUCGCUGUGCUUCUUGAAAAGCGAGCCCAAGGGAUCGAGGAGAUUGAAUACAGAACCGGCAUGAGACACGGCUUUUCGACGGAUCCAACCCGGAACGCGGCCAGAGAUCAAGAACGGGAGAGGGUCCUGAAAGAGCUCAACUUCGACGAAAUCACACAAAAGUUGACAGGUGUCACUGGGACACUGUCGUUUUGCGACAUGACUUUUGCCUCGAGUCUUAGAGCUUUGGACAUCGUCUGCGCCAUCCGGGGUCGACUUAACGGCCAUCUGAAGGUGCAGCUGGAGGGUGUUGGCUUCGACGCCCAGGGCGGCCUUCAAAUGAGGAUUUUAUACCUGCGAGAAUUGAUUGUGGGUGCCCAAGUUCAUGGAGAGGUAUUGUCAGCGCGGACACGGGCUCAAGUCCAGACGGUCUACAGUAUGAUCGGUCAAAAGGACAACAAGCUCAACAUCGAGACCGCGGCAACUUCCCAGAGAAUCGCAGAGAUAGGUCUACUUCACAGCAACGCCAUGAAGGAUAUGGCGGAAGAUUCGAGGAACGUUGCCAUACUCACCCGCAAGGAUAGCACCGAUAUGCGCAUCAUCGCAGUGGUGACGCUCCUUUUUCUUCCAGGCACCUUUAUGGCGACACUUUUCAGCUCCGGCUUCUUCAACUUUCUACCUGGAGAGUCCAACCAGGUCGUUUCAAAGUGGAUAUGGCUCUACUUCGCCUUGACUGGAGGAUGCACCUUUGUGGUCUUUCUCGCUUGGUAUCUGUCAUCCAAGAGACAAAACAAGGAGAUGAUGACCGUGAUGAUUGGAGACAAACGCCCAUCAAUACCAGCAAACGUACCGGUUGAACCUGAGCACGGGGUCGCCACGAUGAUCACUACACCACCGGCUAUUCCAACAUUGUGGAUCGAGCGCUCCAGGUCAACUGGUGACAUUGACCCAUUCAUCUCUUUUGGCAGCGCGCCAGACCCUGUCAAAUAA